AUGUCUACCACUCAAGUCAUCAUCGUCGGCGGCCACGGCAAAGUCGCGCUUCGUCUGUCCAAACUACUCGCCAACGACGGGAAACACGCUGUGACCUCUAUCAUUUGUACCGAGGACCAUAUUCCCGACCUGAAGGCGAUCUCCCCCUCGAUCCAACCUCUCCUACUCUCGCUCGAAGCUAAUUCCACGUCUGACUUCGCAAAGGCCUUCACCGGCAAAGACGUUGUUGUCUUUGCUGCGGGAUCUGGCAGUGAAGGCACACUCGAGCGGAUCACCAAGAUCGAUGCGGAGGGCGCUAUCAAGGUGUUUGACGCUAUCGAGGCUGUACCGGGCACGAACAAGCCGCGGCUCGUUCUCAUCGGCAGCUCCGACUCGCGCGACCACAACGCUCCCCCUCCACCCCACUACGACCAAGGUGACCUCGAAAUGACGAAGAUGAACCGCGAGAUGAUCGGGCCGUACUUGAACGCAAAGUAUCUGGCGGACAAGAACCUCGCUCAACGCACUGCGUUCAAGUGGACAACUGUCCGACCGGGUUGGUACACCGAUGAGCCAGGCACCGGCAAGGCCUCUGUCGGCCGCACUCACCUGUCUCCGUCCAUCUCGCGUGACGAUGUCGCUCUCGCACUGAGUAUCCUCGUUGACCGACCGGAUGCUUCGGGCCUUGCGAUUGAUAUAGUCGGAGGCGACGAGAAGACGGUUGCGGAAGGUCUUGACGCGUUCAUUGCCAGGGGCCAAUCUGACUUCUUGGGUUGA